UCUUCAGAUCGCGGUACCCUAUAUAAUGCCGAUCAAGCAUCUCCUGCAAACCCUAGUUCAGAGUCUCCUCCGCGAGCCGAAGAAACCCUAGACACCACCGAGUUCAAUGGGGGCGUAUAAGUACGUGCAGGAGCUAUGGAGGAAGAAGCAGUCCGACGUGAUGAGGUUCCUGCAGAGGGUUAGGUGCUGGGAGUACCGCCAGCACCCCUCCAUCGUGCGAGUCACCCGUCCCACUCGCCCUGACAAGGCCCGCCGCCUGGGUUACAAGGCCAAGCAGGGUUAUGUCAUUUAUCGUGUCCGUGUCAGACGUGGAGGUCGCAAGAGGCCUGUUCCCAAGGGUAUCGUGUAUGGAAAGCCCACGAAUCAGGGUGUUACUCAACUUAAGUUCCAACGCAGCAAGAGGUCUGUUGCAGAGGAGCGAGCGGGUAGGAAGUUGGGAGGCCUCAGGGUGCUCAACUCCUACUGGCUCAAUGAGGAUUCAACUUACAAGUACUAUGAGGUGAUCCUUGUUGAUGUCGCCCACAAUGCUAUCCGGAAUGACAAGAGGGUCCAAUGGAUCUGCAACCCGGUGCACAAGCACAGGGAGCUCCGUGGGCUUACCUCUGCUGGGAAGAAAUACAGGGGUCUCCGGGGAAGGGGGCACCUGCACCACAAGGCACGCCCAUCUCGCAGAGCUACAUGGAAGAGAAACAACACCCUCUCUCUCCGCCGUUACCGUUGAUCUGGUCGCUGCUACUAGGUCUCAUGCUUUUGUUUUUGUUAUCUCAAUAUCACUCUUAAGACAUAGUAUUUGCGGAUUGAGGUUUCAAAUUUUGGAAAUUACAGUACUAUUGAGUUAAGAUCUGUUUGGAAUUUGUUCAGUGCAGUCCUGAUUCCUGUUUGCUGUUUCAUGAUC